ACCGGCCGACCGGCACACACAGAGCGAGCUCGUGUGCCGCCCGAUCUAGCGUGUACCGUCCAGAUCGGGGUGGUGGAGAGGGCUCAGCCACUUUUGCGACAACGCCCCCGUUCCGCAGCCGAUUCACCAAACAAUCCUUGAAAUCGACCCAAGCCGCUCUCCCUGUCAGGUGAGCCGCGCCGCCAGUCUCCGGCGACCCCGAGCCCCAACAAUCCCAUCUCCGGCCACAGGAGCUCCAGGGUUCCUCUCUCCAUCUGGUCCUCCGCUACGCCCCGAAUCGAUGGAGAUUAGGGCCCCGCCGACGAGCCUCAGGCUCGCGACGCCGCCUUCAACCGCCAGCUUCCGCCCGGUCGCCCUCCGGACCUCCUUCCUCAGCGGCAGCGUUUCUCUUCGAGCUGUGCAAGUACGUCAAUCAAAUGUCAACAGAUUUAAGUGCAACGCCAUACGGAGUAACCUCUUCGAUAGACUAACUAGGGUUGUCAGGUCCUAUGCAAAUGCAAUUCUGAGUUCAUUUGAAGACCCUGAGAAGAUCCUAGAUCAAGCGGUCUUGGAGAUGAAUGAUGAUUUAAUAAAGAUGCGGCAAGCCACUGCACAGGUCUUGGCAUCUCAAAAGAGGCCUGAGAACAAGUACAAAGCUGCCGAACAAGCUGAUGCUGAUUGGUAUCGGAGGGCUCAACUUGCUCUUCAAAAGGGUGAAGAGGAUCUUGCUCGUGAAGCCCUUAAACGGCGUAAAUCAUAUGCUGAAAAUGCAAGCUCGUUAAAGGCCCAGCUUGAUCAGCAGAAGAGUGUCGUCGAAAAUCUUGUUUCAAAUACCAGGCUUCUUGAGAGCAAGAUAGCAGAGGCCAAGCAGAAAAAGGAUACCCUAAAAGCCUGUGCUCAAUCAGCAAAGACCGCAACAAAAGUGAGUGAAAUGCUGGGGAAUGUGAAUACAAGUGGUGCCUUGUCAGCGUUUGAGAAGAUGGAGGAGAAAGUUAUGACUAUGGAAUCCCAAGCUGAGGCACUUGGUCAAUUAGGAGCUGAUGAUCUAGAAGGAAAGUUUGCAAUGCUUGAGACUACAUCGGUUGACGAUGAUCUUGCACAAAUGAGAAAAGAACUGUCCGGGAGAUCUUUGAAGGGCGAACUCCCUCCGGGCAGAGCCGCAGCCAGCAAAUCAGGUAGCCCCUUCCGAGACACAGAGAUUGAGAAGGAGCUAAAUGAGCUGCGGAAGAAGGCCAAAGAGUAUUAGAUUUUAUUUACAGGCCAUGUCCGUGUCCCGGGGCUUGAUGAAACCUCCUACCCGAAGAACCCCAGAAGUUAUAUAGGCUUGCAGAUUUCAGCAAUGUGCAUCUGAAACCUCCGGUGUACUUUUUUUUGGGGGUAAAGGUAUAUGGGUGCGUGAAGAGUUCUCUUGCAAUUUUCCUGUGUAUGUCAUUGUACUUUGUACAGUUAAUCUUGUCACCAUAAUGCAAAUCAUUACACCCCCUUUUGAGCUUA